CAAGACAAUUGAGGCACACGGUUUCAGUGCAAUGAAGACCGUUAUUAUCCUAUUUGGGUUUUGUUGUAUUCAGGUUGUUAUCGGUGCGAAAUGUAAUUUUUUGGAGAAGUGGAUCAGGCCAAAAAGAUUAUGCCAGUAUAAUCCAGAUGAAAUUUUAGACACGGUCCAAUUCGCAAGAAAACACGGCUACGAUGCAGAAUCCCACACUGUCCUCACCAAAGAUGGGUACCUUCUCACAUUGCACCGAAUACCCGGCCCUAAAUCCGGCAAACGAGGUGGCCAGCCAAUUUUCCUUCAGCAUGGUCUCCUUGCCAGCAGUUUCGAUUGGGUCGUCAACUAUAAUAUAUCUUUAGGUUUUAUUUUGGCUGACUUGGGUUACGACGUAUGGUUGGGGAAUGCUCGGGGCAACACUUAUUCCAAGGCUCACGUUUCUUUACCGACUGACAGUGCUGAAUUUUGGAAUUUUAGUUUUCACGAAAUGGCAAUUUAUGACCUUCCUGCAUCUUUAUCGUACGUUAGUAAUGUGACAAGACAAGGAGGAGAUAUUAUAUACAUUGGUCAUUCUAUGGGAACGACUAUGUAUUUUAUAUUUUCCUCGUUGAUGCCUGAAGCUGCCAGAGAUGUGAAAGUUAUGGUGGCAUUAGCACCUGUAGCUUAUAUGACACACAUUAAAACACCAAUUAGAUAUCUAUCCCCAUUUGUCAAUGAUGUUGAGUGGCUUAACAGAUUCUUCGGCCUGAACCAAUUCCUCCCCAACAACAGGAUAAUCAAGAUCCUAUCAGCAGAAUGCGAACGCAACAGUUGGGGAAGAGCAUCUUGUGAAAACAUAGUUUUCAUCUUGUGUGGAUUCGACAAGAAGGAAUUCAAUCACGAUAACUUAGGAGUGAUUCUUCAUCAUACCCCUGCAGGAGCAUCAACUAAAACCAUCCUGCAUUACGCCCAUGAAAUCAAGAACCAAGGCAAGUUCCAGCAUUAUGAUUAUGGGGCAGAUGGGAAUAAGAAACGGUACGGUACUGAAAAUCCGCCAGACUAUAAUAUAUCCAAUAUCGAAACGCCUAUUUAUCUCAUGUACGGACUCAACGAUUGGCUCGCCAGCCCUAUUGAUGUAUUAAGGCUGAGUUCCAAAUUGCCCCAUCUUAUUGGAAGUUAUGAAGUGAAAAUGGAUUCUUGGAAUCACGUUGAUUUUAUAUUUGGAAAAGAUGCAGACAAGAUGGUUAAUAAGCCUUUGUUGAAAGUUAUAUUCAAUUAUACAGCGAAUGAAUAUUAAAUCAAAUCAGAAAGUUGCAUACAAGAUGGUUAAUAAGCCUUUGCUGAAAGUUAUCAGUUUUGCAGCGAAUGAAUAUUAAAUCAAAUCAUCACACUUUUCUAACAUUUUAUACUUUUAUAUAUUUAAUAAAUCUGUGAUAAAUAUCCUUCAGAAAAA